AUGCCAUCGUUGCUUGUGGAAGUAAAUGGUCGAGAAAUGCCACAACCAAGUACUUCUUCAUUUGCAGAGCGGUCGUAUUUUUCACAACGUUACUUGUCUGCCACAAACAAUGGCCAUAAUAAUAAUAUUUAUAUUGAUAAUAAUAAUAUUAAUAAUGAUAACAAUAAUAUUAAUAAUGCUCAUCGUGCAUCAACGGUUGCUAACGAAAGUAGUAAUGCUUCUGUGGUAAGCACUCAAUCGAUUGAGAUGGAGGAGGAUUUCAGGACACAGAAUCUUGCAUCAAUAUCACAAAAAUAUGGUUAUUACCUGAUGCCAAAUAAAUCGCAAGUACUGUUUUAUCUGAGUGAUGCACCAUUAUUAAGAAUUCGAAGAGCUGGCACGGAACUACAGAUUACUGAUUCUAUUGAUUUUCCAUUAUUUGACAUUUGGAAAAAUGCCAAUUGUAUCAAGUCAACAAUGAUUUUGGAAUCGUACGGCAGGACGGUUCUGUUGAUAUCGGAAAAUUCGUCAACUGGAUAUAUAUUCGGGAAGAAGUCAAAAUCACCAUUGGUUAUAAUCAAUGACUGGAACGGAGAUUUGUUUGGCUACUUUGUACCUGGUGAUCCAUUCUUGAUUGAAGAUAAUGAUAAGCGAACGAUAGCAAAAAUUUUGGCUGCAGAAAGUGCAUAUGGAAGGACAAGUGUGUGGGUGUGUGUGCUAGAAGGUUCUGGUCGAGAAAUUGCUAGGAUGGAAGAAUAUCAUACGAUUUAUUUCGCCAAAGAUGUUGGUGGAUUUCAAUUCAAACUUUUAGCUUUAGCAGCUUUUGCGCGACUAACAGCAUCAGAAUGUAUUCAGACACAGUCUUGCUGUUGUUCAUUUUUCUCUUUGUUGCUUCGCUAUUAA